AUGGUUGACAUAAGAGAGUUCUUUGGGAAAGGCCAGGAAACUGGUCGCCCCAAUUCAAAGAGCUCGAAUGCAAGUACGAAGAGAGAGAGCGCGCGGCCGACCAUACGGAACAACAGCGCCCUAAAUCCUAUCGAAAUCAACGAUUUGGAUGAAGAUACAAAUUGCAACUCAAACAUGGCUAAGAAUGAGCAAACAGGCGAGGCAGACCUACUUGAAAUAAAAUUGCCAAAUCAAGCUUCCAGUAAGCGGGUUUCAACGAUGGAAACGUCUUCAAAAGCUCAGCAGCAAGCCGCCCCCUCCGUAAAGCAGAAAAAGGAACCUCCACAAAGAGCAUCGAAAUCUAAGAAGGCGAGUGUGAAUGAAGCGAUUUCGGCUGAUGAGAUUCUGUCACAAAUCCCAUCGGUUGAUUUAUCUGCCGUACACGUUAAAGAAAAUGUAACGUUUGAUUUUAGAGGAAAAUCACAAGCAGGCAACGACGCAGAAUCAGCCGCUGAUGAGGCAGAUUUCCCGGAAGGGAGACCCAAUUGUUUAUUGGGUCUCACUAUUGUAUUUACUGGCUUACUUCCAACUUUAGAGCGCGGAGCAGCCGAGGCCAUAGCGAAAAGAUAUGGCGCAAGAGUAACGAAAUCUAUUUCCAGCAAGACAUCAGUUGUUGUUCUUGGCGAUGAAGCCGGUCCCAAAAAGUUAGAGAAGAUAAAACAGUUGGGGAUAAAAGCUAUUGAUGAAGAUGGCUUUAGACAAUUGAUUACUGGCAUGCCUGCAGAGGGUGGGGCUGGUACAGCUGCCGAAAAGGCUCGCCAAAAACUUAAAGAUCAAGAAGAUCAGGCUCAGAGAGAUGCUGCAGAAAUGGUCAGAAAAGAGGCCGAAGAAUUAAAAAAGUUGGAUACUUCGAGAGCUGCCGGAGCGGAUGUUAAUGAAAUAGAUAGGCUGAGAGAAGAGCACAAACUUUGGACAGUCAAAUAUGCGCCAACAAAUCUUAACCAAAUUUGUGGGAACAAAACCAGCGUUAAUAAGCUCAAAAAUUGGCUAAGUAAUUGGUCGUCCUAUCAAAAGCAAGGCUUCAAGCAACCGGGAAGAGAUGGUCUGGGCGUGUACAGAGCAGCAAUGCUGUAUGGUCCCCCGGGAAUUGGCAAAACCACAGCAGCGCAUUUAGUUGCAAAAGAACUCGGAUACGACGUACUUGAACAAAAUGCAUCGGACGUGCGUUCAAAGUCUUUACUGAAUGCAGGAGUAAAGAAUGCCCUCGACAACACAUCUGUAGUUGGCUUUUUCAAGCAACGCGUGGACAGAACUGCAAAUGGACAGAAUUUUGUGAUAGUUAUGGAUGAGGUUGACGGGAUGAGUGGUGGUGAUCGUGGGGGCGUUGGUCAACUUGCGCAGUUUUGCAGGAAAACUUCAAUGCCGAUGAUUUUGAUUUGCAAUGAACGUAAUCUACCCAAGAUGCGUCCAUUUGAUAGAGUGUGUUUGGACAUUCAGUUUAGACGUCCUGAUGCUAAUAGCAUAAAAGCUCGGUUGAUGACCAUUGCAGUACGAGAGAAAUUCAGAUUGGAUCCAAAUGUUGUCGAAAAGUUAGUUCAGUCAACAAGAGGUGACAUAAGGCAGAUCAUUAACCUUUUGUCCACGGUAACGACAACAACUAAGCAGAUUGAUCAUGAUAAUGCUUACGAUAUAGCACUCUCUUGGGAAAAGAACGUGGCGUUGAAACCGUUUGAUAUUGCCCAUAAGUUAUUUGAAGGAAGGAAUUACACUGAAUCAGGUGCCAAAAGCUUUCCUUUAUAUAAAAAGAUGGAGCUUUACUUUGAUGACUUUGACUUUGCUCCGUUGAUGGUGCAGGAGAAUUACUUGAAUACAAAACCCACAGUACUGAAGCCAGGCCAAACUCAUUUAGAGGCCGUUGCUGAGGCUGCGGAUAGCAUCUCUGAGGGUGAUUUAGUCGAACGCAAAAUACGGAGUAGUGAGCAAUUAUGGAGUCUCCUACCCUUCCAUGCAAUCAUGUCCUCAGUAAGACCAGCUUCACGAGUUGCUGGCCAAAUGGCGGGACGUAUCAAUUUCACUUCCUGGCUAGGACAAAAUUCAAAAAUGGGAAAAUAUUACCGUAUUCUCCAAGAACUUCAAUAUCAUACCCGAUUGAGCACUUCGACGGAUAAACUGGGGUUUCGGAUGGAUUAUAUGCCAACUUUGAAGAGGAGACUGCUGGAUCCCUUAGUAAAGGAGGGAGCAGAUGGCAUCAGCGAGGUUAUUAGAAUCAUGGAUCAGUAUUACCUUUCAAAGGACGACUGGGAUUCAAUUAUGGAAUUUAUGAUAGGGCCCGACAAGACCGAUAGUAUUUUGAAAAAGAUACCCACGGCUGUGAAAAGUGGGUUUACGCGCAAAUAUAAUGCGGCAAUGCAUCCGGUUUCUAUCUACAAAACCGGCUCCACUACAGCUGUUGGGGGGAAAGGACCUUCAAGCACUCCAGAUUUUGAAGAUAUUGUUGAUGCAGAUGAUGAUGUCCCACCUGCAGACGAUGAAAAUGAGAGCAAGGACGAUGAAAUAGAUUUUAAAAAAGAUAAAUUGAUCAAGCAAGGGAAGCCCAAGGCAAAGAAGAGGGCAGCUGGUGCGACCAAGAAGGUGCCAGCCAAGAAAAGAAAGACUUGA